AUACCUAGAAUUCCAGGUCUGGAGAACCUAUGGGAAUUUAUUUACUUCCAAAGCAGUCCUUUAUUGAGUCAUCAGUUAACCUAAAAUAUCCAUUGUUUUGUCAAAACGUUUCAAACAAUUCAAACGUUUGUCACGACGAUACGAAUGACGAACGAGCUCAACAAACGUACAGUGGCAUUGUAUCUAUAGCGGAUUUGAACCAUCCGAAUAAAAAUGGCUGAAGAUGAAAUGGAAAGCUUUGAAAUCACUGACUACGAUUUGGAUAAUGAAUUCAACAUCAAUCGACCACGACGGAAACUCACGAAACAGCAGCAAAUGCUUGGUAUAUGGGCCGAUGACAGCGAUGAAGAGCAAUCAACUGUUAGACAACCCAAACAUUAUAACAAAGGGCCCAAAAACUAUACCGCUCCUGUCAAUUUUGUUGCUGGUGGAAUUCAUAAGCCAAGUGAGAGCAAGUCUGAUAAAAAGAAAGAUGAUAAGGAUGGGAAGGCUGAAGAUGAUGACGAGGAUCAAGAGGACGAUGAUGAUACCCAGAGGCCACGUAGAGGGGACAAUGAUUAUGUGCCCAACAGCUCAGACGAUUCUGAUAGCGAAUCGAUAAGUAACGUGAAGGCAAGGCCAUCAUUUUCAAUGAAUCCAAACGCGCAUGGAGACAUAGCAGGAUUAAGAAGAAAAGGAGAAAAAUUAAAUCCAGCACUAAUGAAGACUGGAGUGGGCAGUUGGGAAGUCCAUACGAAGGGAAUAGGAGCCAAGCUCUUGCUUCAGAUGGGCUUUGAGCCAGGAAAAGGUUUGGGAAAGAAACUCCAAGGUAUAAGCGCACCAGUGGAGGCUCAUUUGCGAAGAGGGAGAGGAGCGAUCGGGGCUUACGGUCCUGAAAAAUUAGCUAAAAUUCCUGAGAAGAAGAAAGAUGAGGAUGUGGAAGAGGCUAAAGAAUUCAAAGUCAAAUUGUCACAGUGGCGAAAGACCGAUGGGGCAAUUAAUAAUGCAAAAAAGAAGAUUCGCUAUCAUUAUCGAAGUGUUGAUCAGGUUCUGGAGGAGGGGAAAGCAUUACCGGACAGAAGGCCCGCAGGAGGUGCGAGCAGUGACAUGAGCAGAGUGAAGGUGAUAGACAUGACUGGACCAGAGCAACGAGUUCUCAGUGGCUACCACGCGAUUGCAAGUGGUCAAAAACGUCCCGACGAAAACCUCAUUAUUACCGAUAAGAAAACUUCCGGCUAUUUCGAACUACCUGAACUCAAGCACAAUCUCAAUCUUUUGGUUGAUAUGUGCGAACAGAAUAUCAUUCAAAAUGAUAGAAGAACUCGCUGUUUGAGUGACCGUUCGGUUGCUCUCGUAGCCGAGAAAAAGAACAUAACAAAAGUGGUUGGCCAGCAGGAACAAUUGAUCGAUACACUUGCAGGAGUUCUCGCGAUCAUAGAAAAAUUAGUUCAUCAAAAUGACUCGAUCGCUUUGAAAGAAACUGCGGAAGCUUUCAAAAAAUUACAGGACAAAUAUUACGAGGAAUACAAACUCUACGAGUUAGGUGACCUGGCCAGUAGUUUCGUAGCUCCAAAAUUAAAGGACAGUCUUGCCACGUGGAAUCCACUUGUUCAGCCUAAACAACCGAUCUCUCUGAUCAAAGAGUGGAAGGAUAUUCUUGAGGUUGGAACUGGUACUCUACAGUCGAGGAACAUGCAACCGUACGAUCAAUUGAUCUGGAACGCUUGGAUGCCAUCGAUCCGUGGAGCAGUGCAAGAAUGGAAGUGUCGACAACCUGAACCAAUGAUCGAAUUGAUAGAAGAUUGGAUGCCACUACUUCCAGCGUGGAUUUUAGAAAACAUCUUAGACCUGAUAGUGCUCCCAAAAUUGACGCUCGAAGUCGAAGAGUGGAAUCCACUGACCGACACCGUCCCUAUUCACACAUGGAUUCAUCCAUGGUUGCCAAUAAUGCGCAAUCGUUUGGACACACAAAUUUAUCCAAUAAUCCGUCGUAAAUUGGGCUCGGCCUUGGGCGGUUGGCAUCCGUCUGACAGAUCGGCCCGACUCAUGCUCCAACCUUGGUCCCAGGUCUUUGCCAAGGGUGACAUGGAAGCUUUCCUCGUGAAAAACAUUCUUCCCAAGCUACAAAUAGCGCUCUCCGAGUUCGUUAUCAACCCUCACCAGCAACAUUUGGAUCAGUGGAACUGGGUCUACGAAUGGGCUACUUUACUACCGAUACAAAUAAUGGUUGGAUUAUUAGACAAAUUUUUCUUCCCCAAGUGGCUUCAGGUACUCGCGAUGUGGCUCAAUCACUCGCCCAAUUACGAUCAAAUUACCAAUUGGUAUAUGGGCUGGAAGGGUAUGCUGAAUGAUAGAUUAUUGGCUGAACCAAUUGUCAAAGACUACUUUAAAAAAGCACUGGAUAUGAUGAAUCGAGCUGUGGCGACUCCUCAGGCGCAUCAGCCAGGAGCGAUGGAGCAAGUUUCGUAUCUUACGAGUUUGGAGCGAAAUCAGUCGACACCAUCGCAAAUACCCCCAACGGCGCAACCAAGAAUCGAGCGACUCGCUGAGGCUGUGCGUACUGCUUCACAAAUACCUCAAGGCUUCAAGGACCUCGUGCAGAAAAAGUGUGAGGAACGAGGCAUCCUUUUCAUGCCUAUUCCUAACAGGUAUCGAGAGGCAAAACAAGUGUACAAAGUUGGUAACGUUCAGGCUUUCAUCGAAGGAAAUGUACUUUUCGUCUGUCACAACGGCUCGAAUUGGGUACCAACGAACUUGAACGCUCUGCUUGACAUGUCCGAGAUGUAACCAAUGUAUAAUUAUGUAAAUAUUAACGUUUUUAUCAAUGAUACAGAUAAAUAUUAUCGAUCGAUCGAUAUUUAUGGUUAAAACAGUUGUUUAGUAACUCAACAAAUAACAAAUCAUUCCAGACGGGUUCUUCAGCCUGGAAAUGUCUUGUAAA